AUGCUUGGCGCCAACAGCUUCGCGGGGCGGCGCAAGUCGCUCUACUUGAGUCUGGCUGUCGCUGCAGCGCUAAUUUGCCUCGUCAACCUCAUCUUUCUGACUCGCGCAGUCGAUCACAGCAUCAUUCGCCUGCCAGGCCUGUCGCUAUUCCGCCCCAAACCAAAGCAGCCCCAGGGCACUCUAGCGCAUGAUGAGCACCCGAUUACCGGAUUAAUGAACGAAGCGAAUGCCCGCUGGCAGGAAUAUGAGGAUAGUCGCUCGACCAACUUCCGCCAAACCGUCGCCAAGUAUCGCCAGACCUACGGACGACACCCGCCACCCGGCUUUAAGGAGUGGUACCAGUUCGCGCGCGAAAACAACGUCCACAAUGUCGACGACUUCCAGCAGAUCACCGGCGACCUGCGCCCGUUCUGGGCGCUUUCGCCCAAGGAAAUCCGACAAAUGGCCGCGCGCCUGCAGGAGAGCCCAGGAAUCGCGGGUGUACGUAUCCGUGACCACAAAGUGGUGUCGCACUCGGAGGGUUGGCGUGUGGAAACUCUGGCCGCAGCCGUGGAAAGGCUUGCCAAACACUUUCCGGAUAUGGAUAUCGCGAUGAACACAAUGGACCAGCCUCGUGUUAUGGCGACCUAUGAAGAUAUCCAGAAAUACUUGCAAGUCGAGGAGAGCACAAGGGCCACCCCUCCUGGUGCAGCGGAUGAGUUCACGCAGGGCCGGGAUGAUUUGUACAACGAAACGGUUGGCAUCAACGAGGAAUUGGACCCUGGAUGGUUCUCUGUUGCUGGAAAGCCCUAUAUGGAUUUCGCCAAGGAGUCUUGCCCCCCGGAAUCGCCUGCCCGAAACGCCAACAUGACUAUAGAAGACGCGGAUAAGCUGUUCAAAUCCUCAUAUGGCGACUUGAUUUCCAACUUCACCGGCUCUACGGAUCUCUGCACGGUGGGUCCUGAUCUUGGAGAUAAGCAUGGAUUCCUCUUCUCUGCUUCGAGUAACACGAUAUCGAGAAAACUGCUUCCCGUCUUUGGCGAAUGCAAGGUCAGCGUGAACAACGACAUCCUCUUCCCUGCCAACAUGUAUUUCCUGAAGGAUCCGCGCUAUGUGUAUAACCCAAAGCACGACUAUGAGUGGGACGACAAGGCCGACUCCCUACUCUGGCGCGGUGUGACUUCCGGGGGCAUCCAAGUGGAAGACAACUGGUUCCGUCUCCAUCGUCAACGCUUUGUGCAUGUGGCCAACGCCACCGAGAUGGACUUGGAGAAGGUCUCCAUCCUCGCCAAGGACAGCCAGGACCGCUACAAGAAGAUCGACAACUUCCGCCCCUCCGACUUCGCCGAGACCUACUUCGAUGUCGGUUUCACCGAGGCCUGGGGCUGUAUCCCUGACUGCUCCUUCUACGAGGGCGUCUGGACCUAUAAGGAGCCGAAGGCAUUCUCCGAACAGUUCAAGGCCAAGUACCUGGUCGACAUUGAUGGCCACAGCUUCUCCGGUCGUUGGCGCGCCUUCCAUCAGAGCAAGUCCCUCGGUCUCAAGGCCACCAUCUUCCGCGAAUGGCAUGACUCUCGCCUGUUCGCUUGGCGUCAUUUCGUCCCUAUGGACAACCGUUAUGGGGACCUGUAUUCUCUCAUGACCUACUUCAUCGGGCUGAACCCUUCCGCCUCCACCCCCGAACAUCCCUCCCUGAGCCACGGACCCUCUGUUCCGCGCCACGACUUUGAGGCCGAGGUGAUUGCCUCCCAAAGUCGGGAAUGGGCCCAUCUUACCCUGCGCGACGAAGAUUUGGAGAUUUACCUCUACCUCCUCCUUCUCGAGUACGGACGUAUCGUCGAUGAUAACCGCGAUAACAUCGGCUAUAGCGGUGAUGGAAGCGAGCUGGACCAGUUCGACGCAGCGCACCCAUUCCCCCAAGCUGUCCAGCCUCUGGUCACUGGGUGA